ACACAUUUACAUAUACUUACAAGAUGAAAGUGUUUCUCGGAAACGUGAAAUUUGCGGCGAAUUUUAACCUUUAAAAUCCUUAAAAAUUUCGCGAUGGGAACUACAACUUCAAGUAGCCGUGUAGAAGAAACGGUUUCGACGCAUUAUGAUUUUGCUACUGUGUUGGAAGAGCAAGUAAAGGGGGAGGAAUCUUUCCGACUAUAUCGAGUCACAUCAAGUCGUUUUGAAGCCGUACUUUACAACCCUAAACACUCACCACACUGUUUCAGUCUCUAUAGAAUGCCGGAAGAAACGGAGGCUAAACUAAAGUUCAAAAAUUUUUGUGAAAGACUAGCACCAUUUUAUCAAAGUUCCCCCAAAUGCUACAAUUCAGCAGUUCUCCAAGACCUCAUUUCCUGUUUGGAACAGCAUCCUGAUUGGUCAUUAGCUCAUGUUGCUACUCACAUGGGUCUGUCAGAAUGUAUGAAGCACAUCAAUGUUGCAGAUUCUGUGGAUAGUGCCUGUAAAGAUAAACAAAGGACUCCCCUGCACAUGGCAACUAGGAGUGGAAAGCUGGAUUUUGUGCAAACUUUAAUGGAGCAUGACCCCAGACUCCUUGUGAAAGACAAAUCUGGCAACACACCACUUCACUAUGCCGCUGAACGGUAUCCUGAUAUUCUGGACUCUUUUCUUAAAAAGGCCAAAGAGCUAGGUAAUCAGGUUGCAGAAGUUGUGAACACAACCAACUCUAGCAACCAAUCACCUCUGGACAUUGCCUGUCGCUAUUCCCAGGGUGACAGUGUACAAAUGUUACUAGAAGCUGGUGCUGACCCUAGCAAAUCACACAAUGGCUGUCAUCCUAUUCACACUGCUCUUAAUGCCAAAGGUGAUUCUUGCGUUGCCACACUAUUGGAGUUUCACCCUGAACAAGUCAAUGUCAGAGAUAGCAAAUAUGGAGGUACACCGUUACACUGGGCUAAGACCAAAGAGGCAGUUGAGCUUCUCCUUGACAGUGGAGCAGAUGUGGAAGCAAUUAACCAUGAUGGUGAAACACCACUUCAUAUUAUGGCUCGCUGCAAAAGACUGGGUUGUAUCAUAGUGCUAUUGAGCCGUGGAGCUCAAGUUAAUGCACAAAGCAAAGAUGGUUCAACUCCACUACAUCAAGCAGCAAUGGUUCAAGAUGUGGAUAUAGUGCGUGCCUUGAUUGUGUUUGGUGCCAAUGUUAACAUCACAAACAAGAGAUAUGAAACACCAAGACAUGUGGCCACUGUUGCUCAUCAGCACGGCUGGAAGGAAGUUGUACAUGCUCUUGGGUUCGUGGGUGCAGCAGCUUGUGAUAAGAGCAAGAAUGGAUGUACUUUGGAGUGCAACAAACCAUUCCAAGGAGAAAUGACAAUUGGUGGAACUCCAGUGAAAGCAGCAGAAAGAUUACCAGGCUACUUUGACAUCAUUAGACUUGCUGCAGCAGCAGCGGCUUCUGGACUACCACAAUCAAGAUCUUACCAAGACUCAGUUGAUGCACCGAGAAAGAGACCUGAUAAAGAAUCAAUCUUCAAAUCCCACCACAAAAAAGAAGCUAUCCUUGCCAUGGAUGGAGGAGGAAUCAGAGGGCUUAUACUUAUACAGCUUCUACUGGCUCUGGAGGAAUUCACAAAGCAGCCAAUUGUGCAAUUGUUUGAUUGGAUAGCAGGGACGAGCACAGGGGGGAUACUGGCACUGGCUAUAACCCAUGGCAAGUCUGCGCGAUAUUGUCAGGGUCUGUAUUUCAGAAUGAAAGACUUGGUUUUCAAUGGUCCUCGGCCUUAUGACUCAGAACCACUUGAGAAAUUUCUCAAACAGGAAUUUGGAGAAAGCGCCAAGAUGACGUCAGUACUUCACCCAAGAGUGCUGGUAACAGGAGUUUUGGCGGAUCGCAGACCUGCCAGUUUGCACUUCUUCCGCAACUUUGACGUACCUGAUGAAGACUGGGAUGCUGCUCAAUCAAUGUCGCCGUUUUCAUCGCCACCAAAACCCUCAGACCAGUUAGUGUGGCGAGCAGCGAGGGGGACUGGUGCUGCUCCGUCAUUUUUCCGUGCUAUGGGUCCGUUUUUGGAUGGUGGAAUGAUUGCUAACAAUCCAACCCUAGACGCUCUUACUGAAGUUCAUAAACACAAUCGUUUGGUGCGAGGCGACAGCAGUUGCUCGUUUGGACUUGUCGUGUCCCUCGGGACAGGUGUCCCGCCACCAAUGCAUGUCCAGUCAUUUGAUGUAUUCAAACCAGAAUCCAUCUGGGACGCAACCAAUGUCCUCAUGGGAGCCCGCGCUUUAGGAGAGUUGCUGGUUGAUCAGGCUACUGCUACUCAUGGGCCGGUUGUUGAACGUGCGAGGGCCUGGUGCCAGAUGCUUGGCGUUCCUUACUUUAGGUUCAGUUCUCCGAUGUCAUCUGAUGUUGGGCUGGACGAGACUGACGACCGCAUUUUGGUGAAAAUGUUGUGGGAGACUAGAGUGUAUGUCAUCCAGAACUACAAAGAAUUUGCUGAGUUGGGAAGACUACUGACAUCAUAAACACAAUGUACGGUUGUCAAGGGAAUGGAAAUGUUGUGGGAGACUAGAGUGUAUGUCAUCCAGAACUACAAGGAAUUUGCUGAGUUGGGAAGACUACUGACAUCAUAAACACAAUGUACGGUUGUCUAGGGAAUGGAAAUGAAUGAACCAGAUUGCGGGGCAACUUUUAUUGUCUUCCAUUUUGUGAGUUAUUACGACAUUCUCAGUGCACAAGAUUAAGCCAAUUAUAUAAUAUAGCCUAUGGUAUUUGUUAUCAUCAUAGUCAUGUAGCUUAACUUUGGUACAGUGCUCUUUAAUAUCGUAAAUAACAUAUUUACCAUUAUAUAUGGAAACCUAUGUGGUUGUUAAGGGAAGAAUUUGCAAUUUUCUGAACCUGAAAAAAAAAAAAAAAACUUUUAAAGUUCUUCAAGAUGAAAUAUUAUUUAGAGAGUUGAAAAUGAGCUUAAGUACCCUGUCUACAGCGCGCCAUAUUUGACGCGCACAGCACUUACCUUCUCACUUCUAUAACGUCUCAAACACUGUUGCAACAUUGCCACUCGUGGAAACUACGAGUCGCUUUUGUAACCCUUGCUGCAACGAGCACAUUAUUAUACAUCUUCACUUUUCACGGAAGUUUUCACUGGCAAUUUUUAUGCAACUUGUCAAGACAAGUGGUAAGACUGAUCUGCUCGCUCUAUAGCGCCUCAAUAGCGUUCUUCAUCGCUUAAAAUGUUCAAGACAAAACGUACUGAUACUCUAUAAAAAGGGAAAGUAAACCAUUAUUUAGAAGUAUUUUUUAAUAAAGAUCUUAUGAUCAAACUAACUGAGGUCGUCUGUAAAUCAAUUGCCCCUUAAACUUUUUAGUCUGAUACAGGUUAUUUUGUUGAGCUAAGUUGCUUUUUCUCCUUAGGCCCCAAAUUUCGUGUAAGAUAUUUUUCUUAUGUAGUGCUAUGUUUGUCCGCCAUCUUGUAGUUUAACCUAAGUGAGAAAACCCUCAGUUUUAAUUGAUCGGUAGUUUGUUUCUUUCUGAUUAAAUUAUCUCUCAAAGCGUC